AUGGACGCCGCCGCUCUGCGACAGCGCAUCGCCUCUACCCUCGAGGCCAAUGCCGACGCGCGACGACAGGCUGAGGGCGAGCUCAAGGCGGUGCGUAUCCCUCCUCUUUCCCGUGUUGAUAUCGUGGUCUUAGCGGGGCUCUCGAACACCAUGAAUGACUCAGUGUGACUGCUAUAGGCCGAAGAGAGCGCGGGCUUCCUCGACGCCCUGCUGAACAUCCUCGAGCACGAGCAGAACGGUCCCAUCCGCCUUUCCGGUACGUGAUCAACCUACAUGGUCACCAGUUUGCUGCCCUGCCCAGACUGUCAGAGACGCCAGAGCUGCUGCAGACGAGGGGAAGGUCGAGCACGUGGACACCAUGCUAACGGAUUCCUAGCGGCGAUAUAUUUCAAGAACCGCGUCAACAAGGGCUGGUCCAAGGCCGAAGACCAGCAGCCCACCACCACAUCCAUCUCCGACCAGGAGAGAGCUGCCGUCCGCGCGCGCCUCGUCCCCAUCCUCGCAGCCGCCCAGACCAAUGUUCGCCCACAACUCAUCGUCUCGCUUCAGAAGAUCCUGCACUGCGACUUUCCCGCCAAGUGGCCCGAUUUCGUCGACCUCACGAUCAAGCUCCUUCACGCCCACGAUGUGCCCUCCGUCUUCGCCGGCCUCCAGUGCUUGCUGGCAAUUUGUAGGACAUACCGAUUCAAGCUGGGAGACUCGAGGGGCGACUUCGACAAGAUUGUGGAGGCUACCUUUCCACAGCUGCUGAGCGUUGGAAGCAGCUUGGUCAACGAGACGAGCUUGGAGGCGGCGGAGAUGCUACGGACAUGUCUCAAGGCUUACAAGCAUGCCAUCUACUUCGAGCUGCCAACUCCUCUGCGAUCGCAUGAGGCUAUGGUUGACUGGUGUACCCUGUUCCUGAAGGUGGUCGGCAAGGCGCCUCCGGAGAACUCAAUGGUGGAGGACUUGGACGAACGCGAGCUGAAUCACUGGUGGAAGUGCAAGAAGUGGUCAUACGUCAAUCUCAACAGACUCUUCGUUAGAUACGGAAACCCGGCGAGCUUGCAGAAGGGCAAUGGUGAAGAUUAUACUCAGGUGGCCAAGAGCUUCAUCGCGAACUUUGCACCCGAAAUCUUGAAGGGAUACCUCGCGCAGGUGGAGCUCUGGGUGCAGAAGCAGAGGUGGCUGAGCAAAGCUUGCCUGUCCUACACCCUGAGCUUCAUGGACGAGUGCGUCAAGCCUAAGGCCAUGUGGGAUCACCUGAAGCAACACAUGCCCGUUCUCAUCGAGCAUCUCCUCUUCCCAGUCCUCUGCCAGACGGAUGAAGAUCUGGCGCAAUUCGAGGAGGAGCCUGCCGAAUACCUGCACCGAAAACUCAACUUCUACGAGGAGGUCUCUGCCCCCGAUGUUGCCGCCACCAACUUCCUCGUGACCCUCACGAAAGCUAGGAGAAAGCAGACCUUUGAGAUUCUCACCUUCAUUAACAACAUCGUGAACAAAUACGAAGCUGCGCCCGACGACCAGAAGAAUCCACGGGAGAAGGAAGGUGCUCUGCGUAUGAUCGGAACACUGGCGAACGUGAUUCUUGGCAAGAAGAGCCCGAUUGCAGACCAGGUGGAGUAUUUCUUCGUACGACAUGUCUUCCCCGAAUUCCGCAGUCCACACGGCUUCCUCCGCGCUCGUGCAUGCGAUACGCUGGAGAAGUUUGAGGCUCUGGAUUUUAAGGAUGAGGGCAACCUGACCAUCAUCUAUCGGAAUAUCUUGGAGUCGAUGGCCGACCCCGAUCUACCUGUGCGCGUUGAAGCUGCACUCGCUCUUCAACCGCUCAUCCGACAUGACCCUAUCCGGACCAUGAUGCAACAGAACAUCCCACAGAUCAUGCAGCAACUUCUGAAGUUGGCAAACGAGGUAGACGUCGAUGCCUUGGCAAAUGUCAUGGAAGACUUUGUUGAGGUCUUCGCCGCGGAACUCACACCUUUCGCCGUCGCUCUGAGUGAGCAGUUACGGGAUACCUACGUGCGCAUCGUCCGCGAAUUGAUCGAACGCAACAGCUCUAAGGAAGGCGAUGAGGGAUAUGGUGACUUCCUGGACGACAAGAGCAUAACAGCACUGGGAGUAUUGCAAACCAUUGGGACCCUCAUCCUAACUCUUGAGAGCACACCAGACGUCUUAGCGCACCUUGAGACCAUUCUCAUGCCCGUCAUCACCAUCACACUGGAGCAUAAGCUUUACGAUCUUUACAACGAGGUCUUCGAAAUUAUCGAUAGCUGCACGUUUGCGGCCAAGAUCAUCUCGCCCACAAUGUGGCAAGCCUUUGAGCUGAUCCACCGAACAUUCAAGUCCGGUGCGGAGCUCUAUCUCGAGGAUAUGUUGCCAGCGUUGGAGAACUUUGUCAAUUACGGUUGGAAACAACUGCUUGAAACUCCAGCAUACCUCGAUGCCAUUGUCGAUAUGGUGCGGACAAUCUUCAAGGAUGAAAAGGUCGGAGGCGUCGAUCGCAUCUGUGGCUGCAAGCUGGCUGAGAUCCUCAUGCUGAACCUCAAGGGUGGCAUUGACAAUUACGUGCCUGAGUUCGUGCAACUGGCGAUGAACGUCCUCAUCAGCGAUGAACUCAAGGUGAAGUCGUAUAAAAUCCAUCUGAUGGAGAUGGUCAUCAACGCUAUCUACUACAAUCCACGGCUGACACUCAACGUCUUGGAAGCAAACGGCUGGACGAACAAGUUCUUCAGCUUCUGGUUCUCAAGUAUUGACAGCUUCACCCGGGUCCACGACAAGAAGCUGUCGAUUGGCGCGAUCACCGCGCUACUAACUCUGCGGGCCGACGAAGUCCCCGUCAGCGUACAGCAAGGAUGGCCCAGAUUGCUUCAAGGUAUCGUGCGUCUAUUCCAGACUCUGCCUGCUGCGCUCAAGAAUCGAGAAGAAGCGCAGAGGGAAGAGGACUUUGGACUGAGCGGAGAUUACGAUGACGAUGAUGAGGUGAGUAGACAGAGUGUCGUUCACAAUAUAUACCUGGCUAACAAAUCAACAGGAAGAAGAUGAGUGGGAGGGCGAGGAUUGGGAAGGCGAGGAGAACGAGGAAACAACCGACAUCAAAGACGAAAGCACAGCUUACCUUGACUUCCUCAGUCAGCAAGCGAGUAAGUUCAAUGCUGCUGUUGGACAAGACGAGGAUGACGAUGAGCUCGAGGAAGAGAGCUUGCUUGAGACUCCACUCGACGCGAUGGAGCCGUACGGUUUGUUCAAGCAAACUCUCCACGAAAUGUCGCAACAUCAACCUCAAUUCUACGAGCAACUGACCGGCAUGCUGCAACCGGAGGAGCAGCAAGUCAUCAAAUCAGCCCUCGAACAAGCGGAGAAGAUCCAGGUCCAGCAGCAACAACAAGCUGGCGCUCAAGGAGCUCCUGCCGUGGGACAGGCGAAUGGCACUAGCUGA